AUGGAGUCCUCUCCGUUGACUUUGGCUCACGAUCAUGCCAGAGCUGCCUCCGUCGCAACUCAGAGCUCCGAUACAACAGUCGCAAUCAAUGAGCAUGCUUUGGCAGCUGGGGAAUUCUCUAAGGCUGCAACUGGGACAGGAAGCGCAGAGGCGCUGAGAACGUUGAGAUUACUAGAGCAUCACCACCAAAGAUUAUCAGAGCUUCUUCGUUACCCCUCCGAGAACCCACCCUCGACUACAUCUACUGAACCCGAGGUACAAACGUUGGCAGAGAAGCCGUUAUCUACAUCUGCAGCUGUCGCUGAGUUACGCGCUUCGAAAUCGGAUAUUGGGCCUCGCUCGUCCUCUCCUUUACGACCGCCAAGUCUACAACAUCCCCGACGUCUCCCACCUCGCGACUUAAGCUCCUCAAUAGCUAGCAACCUUGCCUCAGCAAGAGGCAUUCGUGCAAAUUAUACUCGACAGCCUCUUUCACCCAGCAUUUCAGCUCAACAAGCUCCUGGUAACCUAGAAUCUCAUCCUCGCAGAGAUGGAAAACGAUCAAAGGUUAAUGACAGCAUUCCUGAAUAUUCGACUCCACAACCAAGCUGGCUACCACCUACACAAGCCAGUCCAAAGAAGUCAGAGCCUCAGACAGCAACCUCCCGAACGUCUGCGGUCGCAGAACAAGCGGCUAUAGCUUCUACGCCCACUGAUGAAGGAUUUUCAAGAUUCUACAACACUUUCGAGAACAUAAUUUCAAAGCUAUCUGCCCCUCUGGCUUUUGCGGGAUUGCCUUUGGUUUCUGAAGAAGAGUCUAGCAGCAAUAUUCCGGAACCUGUUGUGCCCGUGAAGAGACGUACAUCGAACAGCAAGGAAAGAGCAGCCAUAGAGCCGGAUCUCACAAAGUAUAUUUCAAGGGCAGCCUUGAGAGCUUCAGCUCGUGAUGGUCACUCUGCAAAUGAUUCUUUCUACGUGGUCCCAACAGCCGGGCAUACGGUGUCGUACGCCCAAAUACUAACCUUUGACCAAAAGGAGAGGCGAAGAAUGGCAGCAUCUAUGCAUGGCGAAAAUCCCGAGAUGUUCGGAGAUCCCGAGGAAGAUGAUUUCGUCGAUGCUAGAGAGACACCUAUGCCGCUCUCACCUGGCUUACCUAGAAAGGGAAUUAAGAGAAUGAAUAGUAAAAUCAUGGAGAACAAGGUCGAAGAGCUUGAUAUGGAGAACAAGAGCUUAAAGGACUGCGUUGAUAGGCUAAGCAAACGACUUCACGCAUUUGAGAUGGGGGCUCAGAAGAGUAGUCUGGCACUACAGGAGAGCAUGCGACUAUAUCGAUCACCAAGCCCUGCGAGAGAUCAACUUCCUGGCCAGAGCGUAACCGGUGGAGAUGAGUCGUUGAAGAGGAGAGUUCUGGAGUUGGAAGAGCACGUAUCGUUGGGUGGAAAGGAGAUUGAGAGAUUAGGAAAGGAGAACGACAAACUGAAAGCUGUCGUCACGAGGUAUCGAGAGCGGUGGGAGAAACUGAAGGAGGGCGCGAAAACGCGUAGGGACGGGUCAGCGAAGGAUGGAAAGGAUGGUGCCUCGAAGAAAGAGAUUGAUCCAGGCGCAGGUCGUUUUCUGGCUGGAUGA